AAUGCAGUUCCAACAAACCUUCCAGCGCCUUGUCGUCCUCGCAGUCGCAAUGACUGCAAUUCUCGUCGCUGACGCAGCCCCGGUCGUCCCUCAAGCGCGAGACUUGCCGAUCCCCAUCGACGUCGACUUGCCACUCCCAACAGGCGUCGUCGAAACCCCGGAAUUUAGCAUCCUCCCCGUCCUCCCCAUCCCCCUCCCGACCCUCCUUCCAGAAACCGGGAGUCUCAAGGAGAGGCAACUGCUAGGCCUACCCCUUCCAAUCGACCUCCCAGAUCUCGGGGAUAUUCUUCCAGGCCUCCCAAUCGACCUUCCUCUCCCGACUGGCAUACUGGAUGAUUUGCCGCUCCCCGAUCUCGGUGACAUCCUUCCGAAUCUCCCCCUUCCUCUCCCUACAGGUAUCCUUCCAAUCAGGGAGGCAGACACUCAGAGCCUUGAGGAGAGGCAACUCCUCGGCCUGCCACUUCCCAUCGACCUUCCUAUUGACCUACCCCUUCCCACAGGACUUCUUCCAGGUUUGCCCUCUCUCCCCGACCUUGGCGGCAUUCUCCCCGAUCUCGGCGACAUCCUCCCAGCUCUUCCCAUCCCCCUCCCUACCGGCAUACUUCCGAUCAGAGAGGCCGCCCCUCAGAGCCUUGAGGAGAGACAGCUCCUCGGCCUGCCAAUUCCUAUUGAUCUUCCCAUCGACCUACCCCUUCCCACAGGACUUAUUCCGGGUUUGCCAGCUCUCCCCGACCUUGGCGGUAUCCUCCCCGACCUUGGCGGCAUCCUCCCCGACCUCGGUGGCAUUCUCCCUGCCCUUCCCAUCCCCCUCCCUACCGGCAUACUUCCAAUCAGGGAGACCGCCCCUCAGAGCCUUGAGGAGAGGCAGCUCCUCGGCCUGCCAAUUCCCAUCGACCUCCCCCUCCCGACGGGCAUACUUGACAGUUUGCCGCUCCCCGUCCUCGGCGACAUCCUCUCAGGUCUUCCCCUCCCUCUUCCGGACCUUCCGAUUGAUCUUCCACUUCCCAGCGCUGCCCCGACCCCAAAACCGGCACCCCCACCCCCUACUCCCAUUGACCCCAUUUCGAGCCUCUUGUCGCAGAUCCUCCCUUCUCUCCCUUCUCUCAUCCCGGGCCUGCCGCUUGGCUUAUA